AACCACUAUUUAAAGUAUUUUGUGAUUCGAAACAAAUUGAUGGUUAUUUAUUCAUAACAUUACACUAAAGAUGAACAUCUCCAACAGAGGAUCUUUGCAACGUGUUAUUUUGGAUGAAAUAGCGUUAGAAGGUUUGGAGGGUAUAACAUUGGAAACAUUAUGGGUAUAUUUAAGUAAAUCACUAAAUGUGAAACAGCCACUCACUAAUCAAUUAAAAGAAAAUGUAUGGAAUUUUAUAUUGGGAGUUCAACAGCAUCUUCAAUUCUUUGAAUUGCCAGAAGAACGCAACACAGUCAAUUUAUUCGAUCGCUAUAAAUUUGUGGAUAACGAUUUAGGUGUUCCUCUUUCUCCGGAGGAAUGUCCAUUCGUCCGUUACAAUUGUGUUCCAAUAUCAGACGGGAACAUUUUAGGAUCUUGUCAAUGGUACAAGGAACGCAAACAUAUACCAUUUAAAAUAAUAAUGGAUCUCAAUAUUGAAGCUGUACAUAAAAUUUGGGGGAAUAAGUUUAUAAUUGUUGCAUCACAAGAGUUACGUUACAAUGCAUUAACUCCCGAAAAUGUAACGCGUCCGAAGGAAUUAACUCCAAUUCAGUAUUGCAUUUGGGAAGCUAUUGGUCGAGCUCGUUAUAAUGGCGAAACUACAUCAGGAGUAUGGUCUUUAACGCACUUUUGCAAAGAUCCUACAAUUGUCUUUUAUAUAAAAAAUAAAUUAAUAAGGCAUGGCGUUCUCACUCACCAGUUGUUUAAUGAAAAACGUAGUGAUCGCUUAAUCGUAACAACAUUGUUAACGUUGCCGAGGUUUUUUCCAGCAUAUCGCAGCAUAUUGAUUAGUAUGGUGGAAAAGUUAUUUAUAAUGUUAAAAGAAAAACCAGACUUUUCCAUGCCCUUAGUUGAAGCAAGAGUACAUUUUCCAUCAUUUGAAAGACAGAAAACAUUUAAAAAAGCAAUGUUAACGCAUAUAUUUAGGAAAAUUUUUGAAACACGUUCAUUACCAUAUUAUGAUGUCUUUCCCAAUCCUAAUAAGAAAAAAAAUCAGACGAAUAGUCGAACGGUAGCUAUAGUCAAAUUAAGACAUCCCGAAAAAUCGAUCGAUGAUAUAUUCGAAAACAUUGAAAACGAACAAGAAAAAAAUGAUGAAAAUGCAGAUGGGGAUUUUCACAAUGAAAAGCAUUCAUAUGUUGAUAUGCCGCUAAGAGAAGAAUUUUAUCGCUGUGUAUCUCGUUUUGGAAAUAGUGGUUGCAGUCAAACUGAAAUUUAUCGUCAUUUGUCUAUUAAUCAUUUAUCUUUAAGACAAUUGAUUAAAAAAAUGAUAAUGGAAGGUUUAAUAAAAUCAUAUUGUGUUGACAUUGGACGCCAAAGAACUAACAUGUACGUUGCCGUUGAAUUCUUUGACUCUGUAAAUAAGUCGGUGAAAGACUCGUUAGAUGUUCUUCAAAACCUACAAUGUGCUGAAGAACCGAAUAUUCCACAAGUGGAGGCACAGUUUCCAGACGUUUCACAGAUAAGUGCACGUAUUAAAAAUUAUGAAUUUCCAGUGAACACAUUAAUGCAGAGAAACGACAAUAUAAGCCAACGUUUAAUAUCGCGAAAAGCUUUCGCUGUUAAAAUGAUCGAUGAGCAUUGUAUUAUCUCAGUGCUACACUUGCGCAAACUGUUAUUGGAACAUGAAAAAGGCAAAGGAUUAAAAGACGAAGUCUGCCAGAAAUCUAUCAAGCGCAUGUUGUAUCACAUGAGCCAAAGCAAUAUUAUUCGCAUGUAUGAAAUUGUGUUGCAACGAGAUGAAAAUAUACGAAUUUUUCGAUAUGUAACACAUCCGACAAUAGACAUUGAACAUAUUGCUCUUAAAAAUGAAAUUUUAAAAUUAAAGAAUAGCCUUUUCUUGCUCCUCGAAGAGAAGAAACAUAGGCAGUUGAGUUCGCGCCGCCAUCAAAAUCGAAAAAUAAAGAAUUCGAAAAAAUUAAAGCCAGCUGAAAUAAAGCUUAACAAAAACACAUUAAUACCAUUGAAAAGCCACAAACCGCCAAAGUUCUUAAUAUCACGAUAUAUGCAUGAGUUUUUAUUUUAUAUUGUAGUGGAAUUGAAUGAAUGUCAAUUGCCUCUGGAGAUUACUAAGGAAUUGCUUCAAACUUGGCAGGUAACCGAACCAUCGUUACGAAUAGAUGAGUAUUUAGAACAAUUGGAGCCGGAAUACGUAAACAUGAAAGCAUAUACCAAAUAUAUAAGUUGGCGUACGUUUAUUCCCCCAUUGCCAAGAUAUUCCGACAAACCAGCUGGUUGGGUGUAUUUUAUUGAUGCUGUGGAUCGCAUGCCUCUAUCCAUAUUUAAUAAAAUUUUCCGCAUUGAUAAGGGGGCAGAUGAAAGAUUGACAGCAUUUUUAAACCAUCCUAUACGUCAACACUACCUGAUGCGACAAUUACCGUCAGAUUUGCAAUGUAAAAUUAGUCGCGUCCAAUUACAACGUGUUUACGCAUCAGUGUUAAAACUCCUUAAUCACAUGGGUUUAAUACAGAUAAGCGAACGCCUAAGUAUUAAGGAUCCGUUAGUUAUGUGGGUUUAUCUCAAUCGCCGAGCACGAGUACUGGAUACAACCAAUUCUGAAGCUGGCUAUAAGCACAUUAAUUCGGAACGUGAAUAUACGCCACUAACCUUUGAUUUGCGAAGCUUCGAUGAUAUUCAUAAUUAUUGGACGACAUUGCAACGAAUUUGUGUAUAUACCAAACUUGGUUUUCGGAGCAGGAGUCAUGGAAGGACUGAAAGAAUAAAAGAACUAAACUUUCUUAAGGCAGUCGAUUUCGAUGAAGCACCUUUACAUGAUUCCGGCUAUCAACCUGGAGAUGGUUUGGGAGCUGCUGGACUUUCGACAAAUUUAUUUGCACACACGUUCCGUAAUUGGUCUUGGUAUGUACACGGCAGUAAUAAAGUGACCGUGAAAAAUGUUAGAACUGGUCGUCCAGUCGGUUCUGGUGUGCGGAGCACUAACAAAGUAGUCCGUGUUAUAUCACGCAAAUCACGUCAACCGCAAACGUUGACAACAGUUAAACGAAUAUCAACACAAUUGUCGACAUCUAAUAGUAAACGCUUAAAAAAGACCGCACCCAGAGAUGCUGUCGAUCGUGAUGCCUUGAAAAAUAUGCGAACAUUACGGGUUUCAUGGAGUAAAGCUGAAGAUGAAAUGCUCAUGAUUGGCAAAGCAGCAUCGGCAUACGUUGCGGCCCCUGUGCCAGCGCUAGGUCUCUUAACCAUUGGUAAAUCAUGCCGUGAUGCAAUACGUCAUAGUUUAGGAAUUUUCAAUAAAACUACUCAGGCAUGUUGUAGACGUCUUCAAUUUAUGGUCCGUCAAAAGAGACACAUACCACAGGUUCCAACAUGGCUGCAUAUGCUGCAAACUGACGAGUAUUUGCAAAAGAAAUAUGGAGAGAACUUUUUGCACAGAUUGAAAAAGACGUAUACAACUCGCUUGGAAUUUUGUGACGCAUUAGCCGUGCAUUAUACCCUUAUUAUGUGCUACUUAUUUAAACUCGUCCACAAUGCAUACGAUACUAAAACCAAAUCUCGUUUUAUUUUGCCAGACUCUCUCCAUGAGUUUCAUAAACGGUUUCUCGAACGUAUGCCUGUGCCGACGGAUGAAGAUUGUAUACUAUAUAAAAACCCCGAAACUGAUUUCGAUCUCCAAACAAUUGUAGUUGGAAGCGUUCUGCAUAGUAGUUUGUGUGCUAUGCGUGACAAAACACUAUACAAUUUACAGGCAUUCGAAAUUUAUAAAAACUAUUCGGAAGAAGUAUUAGAAGCUGCAUUCUCAAAGGCUCGUGCCGAUGGCUUAGCAGUUGCCAUAAAACGCAAAAAUAUGAGUCUUUUGCCUAAUCAUUUAUCUGGCCCAGCAUAUGUACUCUCAUCAAAGUACAAACUCAAAUUACUAUUUCUACGAAUUCCAUAUGGAACUUACGACGCAUUCUAUAAUUAUUUCGAGUGCGGAUUAAAAGUUUUCUUUCAAACUGAAAAAAAUAUCACAGAUACAAGUAGUUUUGAUGCACAUCUGGAGUUGAAAUCGCCAACACCAGGCCAAAUGUUCGUUAUUGGCGAGGGCUUGGCUCGAAAUAUAUGGACCGUAAGCGUAAAAUUGCCGAUAAAUAUUUUGACAGUGGAUGCUGAACAGAAUCAAACGAAUGUAUCAUCUAUGGAUCGCAUUUUGGACCAUUACCAGAGCAUUUUUGAUAACGCUCCCCAACAAGAAUACACUAAAAUUAUCGAAAGUGGCCAGAAUGAAAAACAGGCUCGUGUUAAAUUUCAUCCUGCAAAUCUUAGUUAUAAAAUUCAUUAUACUCCCUAUGAUUUUAUAUCAAAACUACCAUCUAGAUAUCUGCAUUUCUUUUGUGCAUUAGAUUUUCUAGAAAAAGAGAUUGAGAUCAAUUUUUCAAAACUUCAACGUGAAGACGAUGAUGGUCACAUUGUAAUCGAGUGUCCAUUCAAGUGUAUUUUUGAAAAUGGAGAUUAUGUUGCCGAAAUUGCACGUAUUGUGGAGGAAAAGAAGACCAUAAUAAACUCCCUAACGGAAAUGGCACCGCAAAAACUCUUAAAUCUGGCCACAAGCGGCUUAUCGAUGAAGGUAUACAAUUCAAAUAUAUUGACACUGGUGCGGAUGCUGGAGUCUUAUUGGCAUGAAAAAGAAUCUCAAUAUGAACGUAAAGACCUUGGUAAACAUCCCAGUAAUUUGAAGUGUCAAAAAUCUAUAGAUUGGUGUCAGCUCUGCAAUGAUAUACUCAUGUUUAAUGCCAACUCUGAUGAUUUUGAUAAAACGGAAGAAUACGAGCCAACCUUAAACAAAGAAGAACGUGUCAUAAGAGCUCAAGACGUGUUUGUAGUAAAUCUUCCUACUAUACAAAUUAAUGUUAAUGAUGAACUUAAGAAUGAUACAGAUACUACUACAUCUCAUAAUAAGGACUUAAUUAUUCCGAAAAAAAUAUUAGAACCGGAACUACAAAGAGAAGCUAUUUUAAAAAAAGUCCUCGAAGAUUCACUUUGGAAGUACACAGACAACAGUUUGGAAAUUAUUAAGCAAAAGCUGAAUCAUUUGGGUUUCAACGAAAUGGAACAAAAACAUUUAGAAGAUAUUCAUAACUUUAUAGAAAGACAUUCGUUGGGUGUGUCAAUUUCUAGUCUUAUGGCUGAAUUUCCAUAUGAAAACUUCCUUUUCAAAGCAUUACAUAUACUAUCGUCCGAAUUUUUAAUAAAGCGAGUUGGCAUUUCCUCUUUUAUGUACGUCCAUAAAAAUCACAUACGUUCUUGGGUUGUACAUACUUUUAACUUGAAAAGAUUGGAUCGGGAAAAUAUAGGUGGAUCUACCUCUGCUAUUAAGAGGUCAUUCAACCAAGAAGAAAGUGUAAGCUCAGAGGAAAGUUGCGAAAUAAAAUCAAAAAGAUCUAAAACUGCAAGCGGCGAUGGACACUCCGAAGAACGAACUAAACGUACACCUAAACCAGUUAAACGUUUUGAUGCGACACAAUUGGAAAAGGAAAAUUCUAGUACUAAUCUUAAAGAAAGGGAUGUUAUUGCCAUGAAACCAGUUCCAUGGAUACGUUUAAAUGGAUCCAUUAAUCGCCGAGUCUUAGAUAGGUGGUUGGGAUCUAUACUUUCCGAAUGUAUUGCUCGUAAUGGCUGUAGCACUUACUAUAUUUGCAAAAGAUUUUCACUCUUUGUACCAGUGGAUAUUUUUUUGCUUUUAGAAAUACUGUGUGAUUUAAAGUGUGUUUCAUUAAUUCACAUUCAUCAACCAGAAGUCGAUAUAUUUUCAAACUAUGAGAAUAUCAAAGAGAAGACCGUUUCAUUUGUAUAUGAUGCAGAAAGUACAUAUAUUAAAGCGUAUGGCGAUGCUACAAUGCGUUUAUCCUUAUUCAUUGGUGAUAAAAAGUAUAGUACCGAAUUAAUUUAGUAGGCACUUAAAAAAACACUUUAAAAAUAAUGAUAUAACAAUUUAUUUAUUUAACUACCGCAGAUGAAAAACUCAUUUGUAUAUGCUCAUUUUGUUUUUAGUCCCGCAUUAAGUCACUUGAUUCUUAAUUUCAUUUAUUGCUUAUUAAAUAUUAUAAAAAUUAUAUAAAAAUGUUAUACAUUAUAAACAAUAAUGUUAAUAAAAUAUUUGUGCCGAAUUUA